AAAAUUUCUGUAGGAAAAGUAACCAAACAUACCUAAUUUUGGACGAGCCCUAUUCAAUUCUAUAACUUAAUUUUUCAAAUAAUCAAUUUUUAUUUAUAAACCGAAUAUAAGCAAUGACUGAAUUUGUGUUAACGACAGCAUGUAAAACAUUAGAGAAAAAAGAUCUUAACGAAGCAGAAGGGAUUCCUAGCCAUGAUAUUUUCAAAAUAGAAAAUAUAACCGUUAUAAAGCCACCGUUAUUGAAAAUUUUCUAUUGGCAAAAAUUUGACAUUGAUGGAUUUAAUGAGAAACUGUCCUCGGAUGCGAAUCACAUUGAACAUAGCUUAUAUCUGCCAACUCGUCAAUUGCAAAGUAAGCCCCUGAAAAUAGUUUUCUGGUUACGGAAUUUGUCAUCCCAUCACUCCUUGACCAUAACUUUGAAACGUUUACAAAACUGUCAAUGUGUGCCACUUGAGACCAGAGUCGGAUUCAAUCAAUUUCGUUAUUUAUAUCAUUGUCCCCAUAGACGAUUGAUAAAUAUUUCACAAGAAAUCCUUCAUUUACGGCCAAAUGAUUUGGUGGCCAUGUCAAUGGUGGCUUAUUUUUAUCUCUAUGGAUCGUAUAUGCUCUCCUACGAGAUGAGUUGUUCGAAUUCCCGUGUAAUUAUAUGGAAUUUUCAUUUGAAUAUUGUCACUAUGGAUCCAAUUGAAAGCGUCUUAACACGUGAAUUGCUGCCAAUUAAUGUCAAGGAAUAUCGCCGCUUAUCCCAGGCUAUAUGGAUACGUAAUAUAACGGCACAAAAUUUACAAUUUCGUUUUAAGGCAAGAGACCGAGGCUUUUGUUUAAUCAACUCCAAUAUGACAGUGCCUAGACAAAGUGUUUGGCCAUUGAUUGUGGACUACAGACCAAGUGAUUUUGAAAAUGAUCUCUGUCUAACAAUGUCGAUUGAUGGAUUUAAUUAUAAUAUUACCUUGUCAUGUAAAGGUACCUUGGAUGAUGAAAAUGCUCUUGUCGAACCAAUCGUUCCCAUCAAUGAUUAUGAAUGUUCAGAUUUUUUAUAUGUUUUGUAUCCGAAUAAACUAAAUUUUUUCAUGGAGCCAAAUGAGGAACGUUCCCAGAUGGUGGCUCUACAUAAUCACAAUCAAAUGUGCAUGGAAUUCAAAUGGCAAACCUAUUCCAUAAAUGGCUAUUUCAUUUUCACAUUCGAACCCAUACAAUUCACUCUGAAACCACAUCAUUCCAAGCUGUGUGUUGUUCAUUGUAAAACCUACGACAAGCCGUUGCAUUUUCGCAAUAUACCGGCUGUGUUGGAAGUUCAUCGUAUAUUGGAUAAAUCAACACAAAUAGCCCAACAACUGUUGACGGAAAUUGAAUCAAUUGACGAUCCAAAAUGGAAAGAGGAUAGCUAUAUGGAACAUGUAUUUCUACAUAUAAAUUUAAAAGUGAAUUUUGCUGAAAUUAAACCCAUUGUAACCAAAUCAGUGGAAGAAAAAACCGAAUCAGUGCCAUUAGUUAUACCCAUAGAUGAUGAUUUGGCAUUACCUCAAAAUUCCAAAAUAACAAUAUUUGAAAAACUUUUUUGGUGUUACCUAUCCAGAUCAAAUCAUAUGCGCAAUAAUGAUAAAAUACCCUGUAAUUUAAGUUACGACGAGGUUCUGCAACGUUCCCCAAUUGAUAGUAAUGCCAGCAGAAAAAUCAAAGAUCGUUUGAAACUAAUUUCCUUUAUGAAUUUCAUUCUGGCUGAAAGCUGUCGUGACCUUUCAAAAAAUCACCGUUUUGUACCUCUGGAAGUUUUGGAUACUCCUUAAAAUUUUCCUCUAAGAUUUCGCAUAUACAAAGAAAAUGGUAGCAUCGAAUCUCUUUGCAGGCAUGAUUGAUGCGUUAAGCUGUGAGUAAAAAAGGAAAAAAAUUAAAAUUCUAUAUUUUUUUAACAAAUUAAAUAAAUAAUGGCAUACUUGAAGUUUGCCAAUCUUAAA